AUGUCCCCAACGAAGGUUGAUGCCCGGAAGGAGGAAUCGGAUCUGAGUGCUAGCUUUCAGGAUCUCUUGGAUGCAAUCAAAAAGGUGCAACCAUCCGACCGAGCACUGCACGAUGCAUUUGCACCGGUAAGGAAACGAAUUUGGCGCAAAUGGUGCCUGCGAAGAUUAUCGGCCGUGGUGUGCUUAACGGCCAUAUGUUUGGCGGUGUGUUACGUCCCGAGUGUAAAUUGGCACGUGACGGCGAUUGGACGUUUGUGCAUGAUAGAGCUGCUACCGUACUGGGACUGGACACCACUUUAUCGUGACAAGUGUUUGAUAGCGAAGGCGAAAGAAAGCACCGCAGCGAAACAGUUUGAACCGACCGCUUCUUUUCCAGACGAUUGUGUGGUUUGUCGAAACUAUGGAAUGGUACCAGUGCGUCAGAACGUAACCUACGAAACUUUAUACCGACACCAUCUGAUGCGUAACGUACCAACCAUCGUGUCCGAUGUUUAUCCGCCUUGGUACGAGCAAAAGCGUUACGGUGCCGACUGGGAUAGUUUCUUGAACGAUUUGGAAGAAUUAUUGCUGGGGAAUCCUUGCGAUUUCCGCACGAAUCUACUCUUCAAGCCGAGCUUUGCCAAGACGCCAGCUUUAGCGCGUAUGGUUGAUCUACUUUCGGACGACAUCAAUCACGGAUGGUUUGUACAGCUGCGGAACUGUGCCCUGCGUACCAUUAAGAAGACGCGAACCAUGUUCACGAAGCCUUACUUCUACGCCACCCAUUGGGAACCGCCAUAUACUAACUGGGUUCUACUAUCGCGCGCAUUCCAAGGUACCUUGGAAAUGACACCCAACAUGGCAGGACUUGUGUUAGUACAUCAGAUGCGAUCAAGCUUAAGUGUCAUCCUUCGACCACGUGGGGAAUGUGAAAAUAGCUGUCGGAUGCUUUCGGUAACGCUUCAGGAGCGACAAUCAUUUAUAUUCUCGACGACACUGUGGAACUUUAGCUACAUACCUACAGAUGGCAACGCAACUGCAGUAACAUUCAUUACGGAAACGUACGAAAAUGUGUGA